ACGAAUAACACAUUACAAUUAUCGAUAUAUCCUAAUAAUUUUUGUACGUGUGGGAAGUAUGUCAAGAGAAUCUACUAUUUGGCAAUAUCGAUAAAGUAACUGGACAAAGUAAUGGGAAAAAAGGCGAAAUUAUGAAGAAGAAGAAGCGAAAAUUUUUCUUUAUUCUCCGUUUCGGAGCUCUCGAUCGACGAUGGUCGAUUUUCGAUAGAUCGUCGAUAGAUCGAUACGUCGAAUAUGGCGGCGCCCACGAGGCAGAAGAUAAAUAUUUGCGGUAUGCAUGGUAUGUGUUUAACAAGUGCGGUAACGAUGCAUCAUGUCGCAAUCGCGUUAUCGGCGUAGCGAGAAAGCACCGGCUUUUUCUCCGCUUGUCGGAGCCAAUCGCGUAUUGACUCGCGGGUGGGUGAGAAUCUGAGAUCAGUUUUACGGAUCGUCGAUGAUGAAUGCCGAGAACGAUACUUGGAAGAUGCUCUUCCCGGUAUGCAUCAAUGCGGUGUUGUCCGCGAUCGCAUAUGUCUCGACUGUUCGUCUGAUUCCGAGAAUAAAGUCCACGUUCGUUGCGGCUAAUCUCUAUGGCAUCGACAUGAGUAAAAGGAGUAGUGAGAAAGUACCAGAGGCGAUAGGUGUUGUCACUGGAUGCUUAUUUCUUAUUACAAUGUUCAUAUUUAUUCCUAUACCAUUUACAGAUUGCAUAAUUAGAAAUGAAAACUUUCCACAUGAUAAGUUUGUUGAAUUUCUGGCUGCAUUACUGUCGAUAUGUUGCAUGUUAUUUCUGGGUUUUGCUGACGACGUCUUGAAUCUUCGUUGGCGACAUAAACUACUUUUGCCUACUAUAGCAUCCUUGCCAUUACUGAUGGUUUAUUAUGUUAACUUUAAUUCCACAAUAAUCAUCAUACCAAAACCGUUGCGACCCUGGUUCGGUUUUUCACUAGAUUUGUGGAUUUUCUAUUAUGUAUAUAUGGGAAUGUUGGCAGUGUUUUGUACAAAUGCUAUAAAUAUAUUAGCUGGGAUAAAUGGUUUGGAAGUUGGACAAAGUUUAAUCAUCGCUACGAGUAUUCUUAUCUUCAACAUCGUAGAAUUAUACAGCAGUCAGUGGAAGGCGCAUCAGUUUUCAAUAUACUUUAUGCUACCUUAUAUAGCAACUUCUCUCGCAUUAUUCAAAUUUAAUUGGUAUCCAUCACAAGUUUUCGUGGGCGACACGUUUUGCUAUUUGUCAGGAAUGACUUUUGCUGUCGUCGGUAUCCUAGGUCAUUUCAGUAAGACAACCUUAUUGUUUUUUAUCCCGCAGAUAAUCAAUUUUCUGUACAGCAUACCGCAGCUGUUUCAUCUUGUGUCAUGUCCUAGACACAGAUUACCAAAAUAUAACAAAGAAACGGAUAAAUUGGAACCUAGUGUAACUAUAUUUCACAAAUCGGAACUUAAUGCACUUGGAAGAUUAUUGACAUGGAUAUUAAAAACAUUUAAAUUAGUAAAAUGGCAAGAAGAUGAGAAAGGUAUUAUAAUUUGCAACAACCUAACUUUGAUUAACUUUAUACUGAUCCAUGCUGGUCCAAUGAGAGAACCAACACUUACAUCCAUAUUAUUGAUAAUACAGGUUAUCAGCAGUAUGCUAGCAUUCAUUAUAAGAUAUCCUUUGGCUUCCAUAUUUUAUGAUGUUUAAAUAAAUACAAAAAUGCUUAUUA